AUGGGAGAGAUAGAAGGAACAUAUAGGGUUCUGCAGACUCCCGGCUCUCGUUUGGGUGUCCAGAAGACUAUGGGAGUGAGUACCUUGGAGCCAGGACAGAACCUCUCCACUGCAAUGGCAUCGUUGCCUGCCAAAACACAGGAGCGGGACCUGCCGAUCAAAAUAAAGAUGCUGGACAACACAGUGGAAGUACUUGACAUUGAGUCAAAAUGUUAUGGCCAGGCUUUAUUGACUGAAGUUUACAAGCAUCUGAAUUUGAUUGAAUCAGACUACUUUGGGAUUGAGUUCCAGAACAUCCAGUCAUAUUGGAUUUGGCUGGAGCCUAUGAAACCUAUUAUUAAACAAGUACGACGACCAAAGACUACAAUGCUUCGUCUAGCCGUAAAGUUUUUCCCUCCAGACCCGGGUCAGUUGCAAGAAGAAUAUACUAGGUACCUGUUUGCGUUGCAAAUCAAGAGGGACUUGGCGGAGGAACGACUGACCUGCAGUGACAAUACAGCUGCUCUUCUGGUCUCUCACCUUCUCCAAUCUGAAAUAGGAGAUUUUGAUGAAUCAGAGGAUCGAGAACACCUUAAAACAAAUCAGUAUUUUCCAAACCAGGAAAGAAUUGAAGGAAAGAUUCUGGAGUUCCACAGGAAACAUGUGGGUCAAACUCCUGCUAAAGUGCUUGAAAUUGCUCGGAAACUGGAGAUGUAUGGUAUCAGAUUCCACCUUGCAUCUGACCGUGAGGGCACCAAAAUUAACCUAGCUGUCUCACAUAUGGGUGUAUUGGUGUUCCAGGGAAAUACGAAAAUCAAUACCUUCAACUGGUCAAAGGUCCGUAAACUAAGCUUCAAGAGGAAAAGAUUCCUUGUUAAACUCCACCCAGAGGUCUGUGGCCCAUAUCAAGAUACGCUGGAGUUUCUUUUGGGAAGUAGGGAUGAGUGUAAAAACUUCUGGAAAAUCUGUGUUGAAUAUCACACGUUCUUUAGGCUCUUUGAUCAGCCAAAGCCAAAGGCUAAAGCAGUGUUAUUCACCAGAGGGUCAUCAUUCAGAUACAGUGGAAGAACACAGAAGCAACUAGUGGAUUAUAUUAAGGACAGUGGGAUGAAGAAAACCCCAUACGAAAGGAGGCACAGCAAAGCCAGAGCGUCCACUCGUGCUUCAAACACAGACGUGCCAAAACAGAGUGUCCCAUUCAUUGAGGGCUUGAGAACCCCAGGGUCUCCUGCCUCUGCAGCUGCCCCCUUCCACUCAGUUCACUCAUCGGCCACUUCUACUCCUGUCCUGCCCAUCUUUGCAGAAACCAGCCCUUCCUCUUCAGACCCCCGAGCACCAUACACAAGGAUUCCAGAAAAGAACACUGCAGCACCAGCAGAAGAAGUUGGGAGGAAACUGAUGCAGCAGCCUGGAUCUCCCAUGCUCCAAGGUGUUGGGUUUGGUAGUGUUGCAGGAAACUGUAACCCUGCUUGUCCUGUUGUUGAAAAUGGUUACUGUUUAGAUCUAGAUAUAGAGAGGAGUAGUAAGGAGAGCAGGGUCGCUGUUUGUAAAAAUGACAAUGAUGAGGAUGACUUUACCACAGGUGUUUUUGUCGCUGAACAAGAGCAUCAGCAUGGCAGUCGGGGUGCCCCUCUUUUCACAUUGACAAAUUCACAGUUACAGGUGUCAGAGGAAUUUAUUGAUGAUGACCCAGCAGAAAUUUCCUUUUUUGCUGGUGGCUCUGAGGCAUUUUCCUAUGUGUACAGUGGUUUAGAAUUAAAGGGCUCUGAUUUCUCUAAGCAUGUGUCAGAGUCACCUGGCUUAACUACAGAUGCCCUUCAGCAAAAUACACUCUCUCCUCAGUCGAGCCCUGACAGGUACUCAACCGAAGCAGUAGAUAUGAAUAUGGAAGAUGAGUUUGAGUUUGAAGAAGGGAGUGAUUUCAACGGCAAUGAGAGACCAUCGGAUACCUCGGAGCUGUUCAAAGUGAAGGCCCAAGCAAGCAGAAUGCAAAGCCUCCUGAGCCCAUCUGAAACGAGUUCACUUGUCAACAACCGCUCCGAGAGCAGCUCCCUCAAUAACUUGGCAUUGAACGGCGCAUCCUCUGUUCACGCGUACAGCUCUGCGAACCACUCGGAGGCCAGCUCCAUGGUGAACUUCCCUGCCUACUCAGUGCGCUCCGAGUCCAGCUCAGCCUUUCAAUUCACAGACAUUAUUGACCAGCUGGAACAGCUGAGCUGUCCACCUACUACCACGGAAGACUCCAGCAGCACAGACACAGAUUCCUGGGACUCUGAAACCGCUGCGCCACUGGAUGUGAACCUUUUCUUUAGUAACCCUUUUGCUCAAGCCACCAGCGAUAACUUUGCUUUUGACUUUCAGAACAAUUUAAAGAAUCUCACACAAGAAGACUGGACAGAGAAGGCAGUAACUAUCUUCAAAACCAUUUUCUCUCCUUUUCCACUCCAUCUUCCUGUUCUCUUCCCACCAGGCCUCCCAGUGGACCAUUCUCAGCUCUCUUCCCUCGUGCUGAAGAAUCCCCUGGGCUUGAACCCGACGUUUCAGGUGAACUUGAACACAGCUGGCCAGGGUUCAUCUCCUCUUCUGAGUCCUGUCCUUAGUGAUGCUGGCGGUGCCAGGGUAGAAGAGGAUGAUGAGAUGAAACGUAAGCGCUAUCCAGCUGACAAGGCAUACUUCAUAGCAAAGGAGAUUCUUGCUACAGAACGGACAUACUUAAAGGAUCUGGAAGUUAUUACAGUGUGGUUUCGCAGCGCAGUCAUCAAGGAGAACGCUAUGCCAGAGGGCCUGAUGACAUUGCUCUUCUCUAACAUAGACCCGAUUUAUGAGUUUCAUCGAGGCUUUCUGAAGGAGAUUGAGCAGAGGCUAUCACUCUGGGAAGGGAAAACCAACGCUUACGUGAAAGGAGAUUAUCAACGCAUUGGAGAUGUCAUGCUCAGGAAUAUGCGUACUCUGAAGGAGUUUACCAGUUAUUUGCAGAAGCACGAUGAGGUCCUGACAGAACUGGAGAAAGCAACAAAACGCCUAAAGAAGCUGGAAAUGGUUUAUAAGGAGUUUGAGCUGCAGAAGGUUUGCUACCUGCCCCUUAACACAUUUCUGCUCAAACCAAUUCAGAGACUGAUGCACUACAAGUUGAUCCUGGGAAGGCUUUGCAAGCACUACACAGUAGAGCACCGGGACUUUGCCGAUUGCCGGAAUGCACUGAAGGAAGUCACAGAAAUGACGUCUCAGCUGCAGCACAGUCUCAUCCGUCUGGAGAAUUUCCAGAAGCUCACAGAGCUGCAACACGACUUGAUUGGUAUAGAUAAUCUCACAGCUCCUGGCAGAGAAUUUAUCCGGGAAGGUUGCUUGUAUAAGCUCACUAAGAAAGGUUUACAGCAGCGGAUGUUCUUUCUGUUCUCAGAUAUGUUACUGUACACAAGCAAAGGGGUUACAGGCACAAAUCAGUUCAAAAUUCACGGACAUCUUGCUCUGCAUGGCAUGUUGGUGGAGGAGAGUGGGAAUGAAUGGGCUGUCCCACACUGCUUCACCAUCUAUUCAGCACAAAAAACCAUAGUGGUGGCAGCAAGUACCCGCCUGGAGAUGGGGAAGUGGAUGGAAGACCUAAACAUGGCAAUUGAAAUGGCCAAGAAAUCUACUGAGAAAUCUGACACACUUCUGGAGAACUCAGUAUGCAAUCGCUCCAACAGAUCCUCUGAUGAGGUCUCUCUAGAACAGGAGUCCGAAGAUGACAUACACUCUUCUCGUAGCUCCUUGGACAGGCAGAGCCACCACCGUGCCAACACAACCAUGCACGUGUGUUGGUACCGCAACACGAGCGUCUCCAUGACUGACCACAGUGUGGCUGUUGAGAACCAGCUCUCUGGAUACUUGCUGAGGAAGUUCAAGAAUAGCAAUGGCUGGCAGAAACUGUGGGUUGUCUUCACCAACUUCUGCUUGUUCUUCUACAAAACACACCAGGACGAUUAUCCCUUGGCCAGUCUCCCGCUGCUCGGCUAUGCAGUCAGCGCUCCUGUAGAGGCAGACGGUAUUCAGAAGGAUUAUGUCUUCAAGCUGCAGUUCAAGUCCCAUGUGUAUUUCUUCAGGGCUGAGAGCAAAUACACCUUUGAGAGGUGGAUGGAGGUGAUCAAGAGAGCCACCAGCUCUCCAGCCAGGUCGAGCCUGCUGCUUCCAAAGGAUGAGAAGGACAGUCACACAGACUGA